AUGCCAAUGGAUAAGGAAUUAAAAUCGACCCUUUUUGAGAAAACCAAGUCAUUCUGUAAGCACUGUACCCUCCAUGGAGUAUACUACUUCUACAAGGCUUCCAGUUGGAGUGCUCAUUUGUUAUGGGCUAUGAUCAUCGCAGCCAGUAUGGCGCUGUGCUGCUUCCUCGGCCACAUGAUAUGGGAGAAGUUUGUCAUCGAUCCUACUUUGACUGUGGUGGAAACUACGCACUAUUCCAUGGUAAAUAUUCCCUUCCCUGCCGUAACUAUCUGCGACACAGACAAUGUGUUUUUACCGAAGACAAAGGAAAUUACCGACUUACUUUUCUUUAGUUUGACGCCACAGUCGUUUUUCGACGUCAACAUCUACGUGUGGGCCAUCGACUCCUCCAGUUACGUCAAAGCACUGCCACUGUCUGGCAGGAAAUGUAUUUUGGAUACGGUGAGUUACUCUGACAAAAUUAAAUAGAACUUAAACGAUGAUGAUCAGGAUGAACGAGACAGACAGGAAGAGUGUGGUGAUGAUGGUGGUGAAGCGGUCGAGCACGCCCUUGUGUCAGGAACGGCCGUCUUACAAGAAUCCCUCUCCCCGAAGCCUGGACCGAGCGGAAUAAUAUAA